AUGAGAAAAUAUAAUGGAAACGUCAAAAGAAGCAGAGACGACGAAUAUGAAGAGAAUGAAAAUGUGAAUGGAGAGCGGACUAGCAUAACAUUAGUCCGAGCAACUUUAUUACCAAUAUUAAGUAUAGGUAAGAAUGAAAAGACAACAUUAUUUCAUCCUUUUAAAAAUCCCUUACCUGGUUUUGUAAGUGAUAAGACGUUGUAUUUGAAAAAGACAUUAGGUGUUAAGGUGAGAAGAACAGGUUGGAUAAAUUUGAUGAAGAAUUCUAUUCCUAGAAGAUCUGAUGAAACAGAAGAACAAGAAAAGAUCGAAGAAGUUAUAAAAAAGCAUGAACCGUUAAUUUUAUACAAAGACGAAAAUGAUAAGAUUGAGGUUGAUCCUAUAUUAGCUCAAUAUUUAAGAGAACAUCAAAGAGAAGGUGUUCAAUUUGUUUUUGAAUGUUUAAUGAAUAUAAAAGAUGAUAAAAUAAGUGGAUGUAUAUUAGCUGAUGACAUGGGUCUUGGAAAAACAUUACAGAGUAUAACUGUUUUAUAUACUUUAUUAAAACAAGGAUUUCAUAAAAAGUGCGCUGUACGUAGAUGUUUAAUAUUAUGUCCAGCUAGCUUAAUAAACAAUUGGAAUGAUGAAAUAAGUAAAUGGAUUCCCAAUAGAUGUAAUGUAACAUGUGUAAAUGAUAAUGCAAAAGAGAAAAUUGUAAGUAAAUUAGAAGGAUUUAAAUAUGACAUACAAUCUACUGUCUUGAUAUGUUCUUAUGAAUGUUUUCGUAUAAAUAAUGAAUUUCUAGAUAAAUCAUCAAUAGAUAUGAUAAUAUGUGAUGAAGCACAUCGUUUAAAAAAUGAUAAAACAAAAACAUAUACAAGUAUUUAUAAUCUCACAGCAAAAAAAAGGUUAUUAUUAUCAGGAACUCCAAUACAAAAUGAUUUAGGAGAAUUCUAUGCUUUAAUAUCUUUAUGUAAUCCUGAUUUAUUUGAUGAUAUAAAUUUGUUUAGGAAAAAAUUUGCGAAUCCUAUAUUGAUAGGUAGAGAUAAAGAUGCUACAGAAAAGGAGCAAGAAAUAGCAUCUGAACGUUUGACAGAAUUAUCUAACAUUACAAAUAAAUUUAUAUUAAGAAGAACAAAUAAUUUAUUAUCUAAAGUAUUACCAGUCAAAUAUCUCAUCAAUAUAUUUAUUAAAUUAAAUCCUAUUCAGGAAGCUUUAUAUGUGUUAUUCUUGAAGGAUAAAAAAAUAUUAAAAAACGAUAAUACUAAUAAUAAAGUGAAUGUAUUAAUAAAUAUAAAGAAACUUGAAAAGAUAUGUAACCACCCAUUAUUAUUAAAUGUAAAUGACAUAAAGGAAAUUGGACAAGUAACAUUAUGGAAAUUGAUAGAAGAUGUAAUAUUUGAGAUGCAGACAAAUAUGAAGAUCUGUAAUAGGGGUAAUAAAAGAGAUAAUAAAAAUGAUAGUAAAAGUGGUUGUGUGUUAAAGGUCGAUAAGAGUAUGUCGUCAAUAAGUAAUAAUAAUAUGAAAAAUGGGAAUGAUAUGAAUAAUACAAACAAUAAUACAAACAAUAAUACAAACAAUAAUACAAACAAUAAUACAAACAAUAAUAUAAACAGUAACAUAAACAAUAACAUAAACAAUAACAUAAACAGUAACAUAAACAAUAACAUAAACAGUAACAUGAACAAUAAUACUAAUUUAAGGUGUGGUAGUAGGGGUAAUCAAAAUGAUGCCUCGGGUUAUGUAGGAAAUAAAAGAAAACCAAUUGAAUUAGACUACAAUAAACCUGUAAAAAGAAUUAUUGAAGAAUGUAAAAGAGAUAUUUAUAGAUCGUAUUAUAAUUUUUCAUGCAAAUUUUUAUUAUUACAUUUUUUAUUAAAAAAUAUAAAACAAAAUACUAAUGACAAAGUAGUGAUUGUAAGUAAUUAUACACAGACAUUAGAUUAUAUGGAAAUCUUAUGUAAAGAAAAUAUGUAUAAAUUUGUACGUUUAGAUGGAGGAAUAAAUAUAAAAAAGAGGCAUAAAGUUAUAAAUGAUUUUACACAUUCUGCUGAUAUAUUUAUAUUUCUUUUAUCUUCUAAAUCAGGAGGAUGUGGAAUAAAUUUGAUAAGUUCAAAUCGUUUAAUUUUGUUGGAUCCUGAUUGGAAUCCAGCUAAUGAUAAACAAGCUUUAGCAAGAGUGUGGAGAGAAGGUCAGAAAAAAAUUUGUUAUAUAUAUCGUCUUUUCUGUACAGGUACUAUAGAUGAAAAGGUAUAUCAAAGACAAAUAAGUAAAGACGGCUUAUCUAAUAUGAUAGUAACAACUACAAAUUUGUCAAAAGAUCAAAUGUCGGAUGAGAAUGUAAAGAAAUUGUUUAAUUAUAAAAUGAAUACUGUAUCAGAGACUCAUGAUAAUAUUGAAUGUAACCGGUGUAAUUUAAAUGGGGUGUCCCCAAACAUACAUAAGGUUGCUCAUGUUGAUUCGAUUAAUAAAAAUAAGUCUAAAGGUAAAAAUGAUAACAACAAUAAUAAUAAUAAUAAUAAUAGUAAUAGUAAUGGUAAUGGUAAUAAUUACAAAAGUGAUGAUGAUAAGAAUUAUAUUGACGGUGAACAUUUUGCUGAACAGCUAGAAGACUUCGAAGAAGACGAUGUUAAUACUUGGGCACACCAUCAAAAUAUAGACACGGUUCCUGACAAUAUUUUAAUAAAAGCAGUAAAGGAUGCUGAAGAAUAUAAGAAAAAUGAUAUGAAUAGUAUGCCACUUCUUCAAAAACUUACACACGAUUUUGUUACCUUCACCAUGAGCUGCAAAAUAGAAUAUAGAGAUGAUUUGAUCAAGCAAAAGUCGGAGCAAGCUAAGAUGCGGGAGAAGGGGGCCAGCCAGACAAAUGGGAAGAGCAUGAAAGAGAUGAAAUUAGAGUCCCAAGAUGGUAAAAAGGGGAAGGGACAUAAAAAUGGUAAAAGAGAAGAAGAUGAAGAUGAAGAUGAAUUUGAUGGUGAUGAGGAGGAUAACGACGAAGAAGAUGAAUUUGAUGAUGAUGAUGAUGAGGAGGAGGAGGAAAACGACGACGAUAAUGACGAAGAAGAUGAAUUUGUUGAUGAGGAAGAGGACGAUCGUGACGAAUCAAAUGAAUCUGAUGAUGAUGUGCAGGAAGUUGGUGUCCAUUCAGGAUUGGAUAAAAUAAAAAAUAAAAAAAUGGAGAAUAUUAUUGAGAGUGAUAGGGACGAGCCGAGUGAUGCAUGUCGAAAGAAGCUUAACGAAUUGGUUCAAUAUCAGAGGGAAAGGAAAAAGAGAGAGGAGGAAUUUUUGAAUAAAAAGAGGGAGCCGUUAAGUGACGACGACAAGGAAAAGGUUGUGUGUUUAAAGGAGGAAAAGAGCAACAUUAAAGGAAACAUUAAAAGCAACACUAAUAACAACACUAAUAACAACACUAAUAACAUCACUAAUAACAUCACUAAUAAUAACAUUAAUGGUAGUGCUAGUACUAGUACUAGACAUGAUAACAAUAUUGAGAAUAAUAACAUGAAGAAGGAGGAGGAAGCAAAUUAUGGUAAUAAUUCUCACAAUAAAAAUAAAAACGAAGAGAAAAUCAAAAAUGGUAAGGAUGAACCAUCUAAAAGAAUUACAAGAAAUAUGAGCCACAGAAGUUUAGUUGAACUUCUUUCUCAAGAUGAAGAUUCAAAGGAAAGCUUAACCAUGUCAGAGGAUAUAGAAGAAAUGUCCGCCGAAAAUGUAAGUACUGAUAGUUCGUAUUUUAUAUAG